AUGAGAAAAGGUUUUGCAUCGAGUUCACCAAAACCACUUCUCCGAUCACACUGUCAAGAAUCUGUUAAACCCAAGUGUUUGUCGAAUGAGAACUUUGUAAGCUGGGAGGAUGAUGAGAUGGUUGCGGAGGAUGAUGACAGGGAAGUGUUGCAGGAGAUUAUCAACAAUACCAAGCUAAGUGAAGGUUAUCUUAAUCUUGCUCGUGAUAUUGAGGUCAUGGAGGCCAAAACUCCAGAGGAUAUCUACAAGGCACACUUACUUGAUGGCCGUGCAAGUGCUGGUGCUAGUGUUGAUUCAGCAAGACAGAACUUGGCUGCAACAUUUGUUAACGCUUUUGUAAAUGCUGGAUUUGGUCAGGAUAAGUUGAUGACAGUCCCAUCAGAUGCUUCAAGUGGAGGCUCUUCAGGAAACUGGCUUUUCAAGAAUAAAGAGCAUGGGAAGACCAGUGCUGCAGCAAGUCUGGGUAUGAUUUUAUUGUGGGACGUUGACUCUGGACUCGCCCAAAUUGACAAAUACUUCCACAGCAACGAUACCCAUGUUAUUGCUGGUGCAUUAUUAGGGGUUGGGAUUGUUAAUUGCGGUAUCAAGAAUGAUUGUGAUCCUGCGCUGGCACUUCUUGGCGAGUACAUUGAUAGAGAGGAUCCAUCUAUCCGGAUUGGUGCUAUAAUGGGCCUUGGGAUUGCAUAUGCUGGUUCUCAGAAUGAGCAGAUACGUAGUAAGCUGACUCCUAUACUUAAUGAUGCAAAAGCCCCCCUUGACGUGGUUGCAUUUACUGCAAUCUCGUUGGGGUUGGUAUACGUUGGUUCCUGCAAUGAAGAUGUUGCUCAGGCAAUCAUAUUUGCACUAAUGGAUCGAAGUGACUCUGAGUUGGGGGAGCCCCUUGCUCGGUUGAUUCCCCUCAGCCUUGGACUUCUGUUCCUUGGGAAGCAGGAAAGUGUGGAGGCCACUGCCGAAGUUUCAAAGACAUUUAAUGAAAAAAUAAGAAAGCAUUGUGAUAUGACUUUGCUUUCUUGUGCUUAUGCAGGAACAGGCAAUGUUCUUAAGGUCCAAAACCUUCUCGGUCAUUGUUCACAACAUCUUGAGAAGAAUGAAACUCACCAGGGACCCGCAGUUCUUGGAAUUGCUAUGAUAUCAAUGGCUGAUAGCCUGUGCCUGGAUCGCAAACCCGUCUCUAGCCGUAACAUUUACAUCCCCGGUAAGCAAUGGCCUCUUGCCAGUUCUCUCCCUCAAGACGUUGUUAUCAAAUUCUUCGCUCGUCCAAUUGUCGCUGUCUCCCUUCGGGAAGUCCCCGUCGAGAACAACAAUUUCGACUUUGAUUGGAUUCGGAUGAUUGAUUGGCACCAUUUGAUUAGCUCCACUACUUUUAUCCACGACCAAGAUUUGAAUUGGGUUGUUGUCUUCAUCGGAUAUCUUGCUUGCAGUGAAGAUUGGGAGUGA